AUGCAUACAAGGAACAACCCAAAAGGGGAGUUAGUGCCUUUGAAUACUGAGUUAGAGAAGCUAGUACGAGAAAACAGAAGGUUGAAAAGAGAAGAACAAGCUGCUCAAGAAGAGGCCGAACCCAUCAUCCCCUGUUUCGUUUUUCAAAUGUCGGACGACGAAGACAAUCGGCAGCCGCUGCCACCACCACCAAGAAGGACCAUUAGGGAGCUCUCAACGUCCCUCAUAGCUGGAGGUAUUCCAUCAUGCAUUCGUUACCCUCAACCAGCUGAAGGAAAGACAGGGAAUUUUGAGCUUAGGACUGGUUUUCUCCACAAGCUGCCCACUUUUCACGGGUUACCUAAUGAAGAUCCUAAUUUGCAUCUCCAAGAAUUCCAAUUUAUUUGCUCAAGCAUGACACCAGAGAAUGCAGAUGAGAAUAUCAUGAAGAUGAAGGCUUUUCCGUUUUCUCUUACAGACAAGGCCAAGACAUGGUUGUAUAGGCUUCCAAAUGGCUAUAUAACCUCAUGGGAUAUCAUGCACAAGACAUUCUUGGAGAAGUAUUUCCCCACUUCAAAAAUUAUUGCAUUGAGGAAGCAAAUUACUGGAAUUCAGCAAGGCAUGGACGAGUCUUAUUCCGAAUACUUUGAGAGGUUUCAAACCUUGCUUACUCAAUGUCCUCAGCAUGGUUUGAGUGAGGAUAGUUUGUUGACAGCAUUCUAUGAUGGCCUCAUACCCAUAGAGAGAGAUAUAUUGGAUGCAGCAGCUGGAGGAUCAUUUAUGGACAAGUACAAUGAGGAUGGAAUGAAGCUCAUAGCAGAUCGUGCAUUGAAUGCACAACAAUUCAAUAAUACCUCAAGACGUGUUCAAACUUUCUCUUCAAAAGGAGGUAACGAUUCUGAAAUUAAAGCUCAAUUAUCAAAUCUAACCUCUAUGUUAUCUCAGGUCUUGGGUAACAAGAAGCAAGGAGCUAUGGCUUGUGGUGUGUGCUCAAUGGAAGGCCACCAUACUGAUCGUUGCCCUCAAUUAUAUGAGGAAGAAGAGGUACAAGUUGUGGGAAAUUUUCAGCAAGGAGGACAACAUGUAAAGAAUGAUCCAUAUGCAUAUUAUCCUGGCUCAAGAAAUCACCCAAAUUUUCGAUGGAGUAACAAUGAUAAUGUAUUGGGCCCUUUUCAAGCAUCUCAAGGGAACAACCAUACACCUCCAGGGUUCACUCAACGUCCUCAAGGGGGAUUUACACAUAGCUCUGCGCCACAUCAAGCUUCUAGUUCUUCAUUGACUCCAAUCUUGGAUAAGUACGACAAGAUGUUCGAAGCUUUGACAUCCUCUACUCAACAACUCAUUCAAUCACAGCAAAAUCAAGGGAAGGAAAUUUCAGACCUUAAGAAACAAGUGGGAGAAUGUGUCAACAAGUUGAAUCAGUUGCAUGAUCAAGGAAAACUUCCAAGCAACACGAUACCAAAUCCAAGAGGAGGGUUUGAGUCCGCCAAAGUAGUAACAACACGAAGUGGAAGAGUACUCAGUGACGUCCCUAAGGCACAGAAGAAGGACAAAAGUGUUUCUGACCCUUCUGAGAUUGAAACUGAACUUGCAAUCCCAGACCCAGCGACUACGAGGAUUGAAGACUCAUUGCAAUCCCCAACGAAACCAGAAACCAAAGGUAAAAUUCCUAACUCUUCAAUUCCGGUUCCUACUAAUCCUCUUUCUUCUUGUCUACCUUUUCCAAGUAGAUUUGCUCAUUCAAAGGAAGAAGAAGACAAGGGGGAUGUUUUGGAUAUUCUCCGGAAAGUUCAAGUCAACAUUCCUCUCUUGGAUAUCAUAAAACAAGUGCCAAAGUACGCCAAAUUCUUGAAGGACUUAUGCACCAAGAAGAGGAAGUUCAAGGGGAAUGAAGUAGUAGCUCUUAGUGAGGAGGUGUCAAGUAUUCUUCAACAAAAGCUUCCACCUAAGCUCAAGGACCCGGGACAAUUCACCAUUCCAUGCACAAUUGGUGUAAAGAGGUUUGAUAAGGCUUUACUAGAUUUAGGAGCUUCUAUAAAUUUAAUGCCUUUCUCUGUGUUUUCAAAUCUUAAUUUAGGUACACUAAAGAAGACCUCUGUGGUGAUUGAGCUUGCGGAUCGCUCAUCUAUUCAUCCUUUAGGAGUAAUUGAAGAUGUCUUAGUAAGGGUGGAUGGAUUGGUCUUGCCUGCUGACUUCUUUGUGAUUGACAUGGAGGAGACGUCAAGUCCCACAUCAUUGCCUUUAAUUUUAGGGCGUCCCUUCAUGGCAACUGCUCACACGAACAUCAAUGUCUACAAGGGAACGUUGACUAUGGAAGUCCUUGGAGAAAGGGUAACGUUUCAAGUCUUUGAGCAUAAUGACAUCACGAAAGGAAUGGUGGGGCGUGAGGACAAGGAAUUAAGAGAAGAAGUCCGAUUUCUGAGGGGUUGGAAGGGGCAUAAAGUGAAGGAAAAACACUCUCUGAAGAACUUGAAUAAAGAAAAUAAAGGUAAUUUUAAUUCUGAUUUUCAUUUACCUUUAGCUAAUUGUAAGAGUGUUCUUGUUGAUAGGGCUCACUUAGGAAAUCCAACGCCACAAGAGGUAUGUUCAAUAACAGAUGACCCACCAGAUUCAACCAAGCACUCAUACACAAAGGCAAUGGCGAGGUUGUUUGAUAAGGCUUCACGUGGAGCCUUUGGAUGA